AUGAUAUAAUAGAAAUAAUUUUUUAGCAAUCUAGAAGAAUUUUUAAAUUCUUCGCUUUAGUCGCAUUAGGUUCUUCAUAUUCAUUUUGAGAGUUAAAUUGGUUAUGAAAGCGCAUCAGUCUUAGGUUCGAGUAUAGAAAAAUGCACUCAUCUCUCAAAUCUGACACUUUAUCUUCGUGGAAGCAAAAUUGAUGCAAAAGGUGCAUCAGGCUUAGUUUCUGGUUUAGGAAAAUGCACUAAUCUCACAAAAUUGACACUUAUUCUUGAUGGAAAUUAAAUUAGUGAAAAAGGUGCAUCAGACUUAGGUAUUAGUUUAGUGGGGUGUACUAAUCUCUCAAAUUUGACACUUGAUCUUACGAAUAAUUAAAUUAAUGAAAAAGGUGCAUUAGUCUUAGGUUCUGGCUUAGGUAACUGUACUAAACUCUCAAAUUUGACACUUGAUCUUCGGUAUAAUUUAAUUGGUAAAAAAGGUGCUUCAGACUUAGGUUCAGGUUUAGGAAAAUGCACUAAUCUCUCAAAUUUGAAACUUUAUCUUCGUAAAAAUUAAAUUGAUACAGAAGGUGCAUUAGGCUUAGAUUUUGGCUUAGGAAAUUGCACUAAUCUCUCAAAUUUGACACUUGAUCUUAGUUACAAUUAAAUUGAUGCAAAAGUUGGAUCAGGCUUAGGUUCUAGUUUAUCAAAGUGCACUAAUCUAUCAAAUUUGAUACUUGAUCUUAGGGGUAAUAAUUAAAUUGAUGAUAUUUUUGUAUCAAGCUUAGGUUCUGCUUUUGGAAAGUGCUCUAAAAUCUCAAAUUUGACACUUUAUGUUACUUAAAACGAAUCAUAACAAAAGAAAUUUAAAAGCAAGUGUCUCAAAUCAAAAAGAUUAGUUGCCUUAAAAUUAAAUUAUUGA